AUGGAAAAAGGUGUAGCUAAAGCCAAGCAAAUGAAAACUGUAGUGAAAAUACUUUCGAUCAGUAGUGUUACCGGGAUUUCAUCGACUGGUGAUAGGUCAUCUGGCUUUGGAUAUGUUGUUGUGGUUGAACUAUAUGGAGAGGUCUUGGGAAACAAGAUGAGGCUAGGAUGCAGGCUAUUCACACAAGUCAGUUCAUUUCUAGCUCUGGCAGUAACUGUUGCUGCGGAAGUUGUCAAAACAAUGGUUGCCAAGAGAUAUGUUCUGGGACAAGAUGCAUUAAUCAAGGGGAUUUGUCAAAACAAUGAGUCCUAUCAAGUAUCGGUUGCUACAACGUCCAAGGUUUAUGAGUUAGCAAUUGAAUAUGGGCUCAUCAAGGCAAAGAAGCUUUUCAAUCACCUCAAUAGCUAA